UUUCAUUUUUGUGUGAUAGUACUUUUCUAAAUCACAUCUAAAAUAAAAGAAGUGAUGUCAAAAUCAUUCUAAUUGAAGAAACUGUGUAGGUAUUUAAUUCACAGAUUGUUUUAUUGACUUUUGGCAGCCUUAGCAUAAAAAAAGCACAGAUGGCUUUUUCAGUUAGUGAAUAAUUAAAGUGAAGGAUCAGCAUUCUGUUGCAGCCCUUCCAGAUUUUCACAAUUAGUCUUUUUUUAAUUAAUGACAAACAUAAAAAAUAAAUCGGUGUGAAGGCUGUGACAUCACAGAUGCAGGAUAGAGUGAAUUUUGCAUGUAGGUCAUUUGCAUCCCAAUCCAAAUCCCUGUGCCGCUUUCCGGUGAUCGGCUGGCUCACAUUGAUCUGCUCGAGGAUCUGUGAAGCCUCCUCCUUCCCCUCCUCGGAGCUAUCGUCAAUACUUUAUGGAAUCAUAUGGUGCUGUUAUGGUGACAUUUGGUACAAGAAUGCCCGCCGGUUCCUUUUUCAGCUAAAUUUCAUCACUUCCAGUCAUUCAAGCUGUCAUUUUUUAUUUAAAUAUGGGCUAAUUACUAAAAUUAGGUUCCUGUGUUAGUUAGGCUGCAGACCAGAAGUCAUAGCAGCUUUUUUAAAUGUGUAAUUCUGGACUCCGACUUGUUUAGCUCAAUAUAAACUUCAUUUUCCAACAUUUUGCAAUAAUCUUCUUGAUGAAGGUAUUAGGGAUGUGAAUCUUAGAGCAACUCUCGAUUUGAUUCGAUUCCGAUUCUUGGGGUGCCGAUUCAGAAUCGAUUCUCGAUUCUCAAUUUAAAUCGAUUCACAAUCAGUAUUAACAAAGAGUGUCAGCUCCAGGAUGAACUACUUUGUUGUACAAGUUAGUUAAAGCUAUGGGACAUUUUUAUUUGACUUUAAACUGGUCAUGCUCCAAAAAUGCUAAUUUACAAUGUAAACUAAAGUGAUUCUAAAACUGUAAACAGAAACAAUCUUUUGACCAAAAGGCAACAUUUAUUUUUGCUUACCUUGUAAAAUAUAACAAAUCUGUAGUUACCUAACAGUAGCUUUGAAAGUAAUACGGUCAAAUACUUUUCAAGUAUAUGUAGAAACAAGUUACAUGAGUAAUCCUGAGUACUCAUUUAUCAACUUAGAAAAUAAAUAUGAGAAUAUCUCAAAUUUCUGAGUAUGGAAAAAAUUACAUUCAAGUGCCCUCUCAUCAGCAGAUUCAAACAUAAAUCAUCUCAAUUUAUGGGACCACAGAAGUAAACGAAGUUCUGACUCUCCUAACAAAGAUCAAAAAAGUGCAUCUCAAACCUGUAACAUGAAUAUUUGAGUUCUUGGAAUCGAUUCUGAACCUUUGUGAAUCAAUUCUGAAUCUUUAUAAAUAAGAAUCCCGAUUCAGACUUGAAUCGAUUUUUUUCAGCUCCUCUAGAAGGUGCAGAUGCAAAUGUGCAGCUAGCCCCUUUAAAAAUGGUCAUGCAGCAGGUGGAUGCUCUUUCAUGUUUUACAAUAAUAAUGUGCAUGGCUUAAUAUGCUUAUAUUUGCAUAUUGAGCCAUGCACUCGGGCAGUAUUAAAUUUUUAAACGCAACAUCCUCUGAAAAAUUCAUGACCCCGCUCUGGUGACACGUCGCUUGCAUGUGUGCGGCGGGGAAGAGAUUCUCCGAGACAUUUAAGAGUCAGGGAGACAUCGAGAGGUGAUCGCUGAGGCUGGAUAAGGAUAACGCUUCAGGAAUACGCAGACUGGAUGUUUAUCUCGAGCGGCCAUUUGAAUGAAACCAGUGUGUUGUUAAAGGCAGCUGAUGGAUCCGUCAGUACAACAUGUAAGACAGAGCAUUCCUGCAGGGUUAGAGGAGUACAACCCCUUCACAGAUGCCAAACCACCAUCUGCAGGUAUGGCAGCCAGGACUGCAGGUCCGACUCUCGGCACUCAGCCGGCCAUCAUGAAACCCACAGAGGAGCCCCCAGCCUACUCACAGCAUCAGUCACAGGAGCCACCACAAGCAGCCGCUGAGCUGCUGAAGAGGCAGGAGGAGCUGGAGAGGAAGGCUGCAGAGUUGGACCGGCGGGAACGAGAGAUGCAGUCGCUCAGCGCUACAGGAGGCAGGAAAAACAACUGGCCCCCGCUCCCAGAGAAGUUCCCUGUGGGACCGUGUUUCUACCACGACAUCACGGUGGACAUUCCUGUAGAGUUUCAGAAGACGAUUAAAAUCAUGUACUACCUCUGGAUGUUGCAUUCUGGGACGCUGCUAGCCAACCUGGUUGGCUGCCUGGCCUGGUUCUGUGUGGACUCCUCACGUGGAGUGGACUUUGGCUUGUCCCUCCUCUGGUUGCUGCUCUUCACUCCGUGUUCCUUCGUCUGUUGGUACCGACCACUUUAUGGAGCUUUCAGGAAUGACAGCUCAUUCAGGUUUUUUGUGUUUUUCUUUGUGUACAUCUGCCAGUUUGGGAUUUAUGUCAUCCAGUGUAUUGGGAUCGCUGGUUGGGGUGCAAGCGGUUGGAUUUCAGCGCUGACUUGUUUGAACAGCAGCAUCCCGGUGGGCAUUUUGAUGAUCCUCGUUGCAGCUCUCUUCACCUCACUAGCUGUCCUGUCUCUGAUCAUGUUCAAAAAGGUCCAUUCGAUGUACCGGACCACCGGCGCCAGCUUUGAGAAGGCCCAGCAAGAGUUUGCUACAGGCGUCAUGUCCAACAAGACGGUCCAGACGGCUGCCGCUAACGCCGCCUCCAGCGCGGCACAAGGAGCCUUCAAAGAGCAGAUGUAGUCGGAGCAGAGUCUGUUUCCAUGACGCCCACCUGUGCUGAACCCAACGAUCUUCCCAGCUGACAAUACCGAAGUGGUUUAUAUGAAGAAGGUGGCCCAUCAGGCAAAUAUCUGUCACAGAACCACCCGGACCUUGGCGGAGCCCGUCUACUCUCAACGAGCAUACCCUGCUUCCUCUGUGUGUGUGUGUGUGUGUGUGUGUGUGUGUGUGUGUGUGUGUGUGUGUGUGUGUGUGUGUGUGUGUGUGUGUGUGUGUGUGUGUGUGUGUGUGUGUGUGCGCACAUCCACAUGUGGCUAAGUUAACGAAGGUCUGUGUGCCUUUUUAAACAUUGCUAUUGCCUCCAGGUCAGUGGCAGGUUAGAACGCAGCAGAGCAGAGUAUUUUUCUAAUGAUCACUUAAAACUUCUGGCUUCUAUUUCUCAACCAAAUGACUGCUGAAUUUUCAUUUAUUUGUUUUAUGACAUCAAACCAUCUUUUGGUCCUUCAGCUCAUCCACAUUCUGACUGUAAAACUGGACAGUGCUGACCCCUAGUGGUGAGAAAAAAGUGUACUGCUUUGUUUUUUGCUUCCUUUUUUCUUCCCUUGUGUUCAUGCACAAACAGUCUCAAUGGAGACUUUAGGUAAAAUGCAUAUUUAAUACACCCGCAGUGAUUUUUAGAUAAUUAGCUUAUUUCAAUCCUAUCUAGAGCUGUGAUAACUCCAUUGUCCUGUAGAUGGCAGUGUUCAUUAGCCAACUAGAUCCAUGGUUGAAUGUGUUUGCUGCUGUAGAAGUGAUAUGUAAACAGGAACACUGGAUUUUAGACCCCACCAGGAUUGAUUUAUGUCACCAUGGCAUCCUUGUGACCUAAAACCUGCAAACUUAAGCUUCAGCUGCACUUGGGAUAAAAGUACUUGUGACAACAAUAUAUUUCCUGUUAAGGAUCUUUAGGUUUGAGCUUGGAGACCGUUGUCUCAAAACAGUCGUGUAGAAGCCUUCUAAUUCCAUUGUAAACUCUAACAUAUUCUAACAAGACACCUUCUUGACAUAUUGUUGAUCUGAGCUGGCGCAUUCGUCGUGAAGAAUGAGAAGCACUUUAAAUCCGGUCACUGGAGUUUCUCUGCGUGCUGCAGAAACGUAGUAUUUUUGUAAAAAUGAUCCCAUGCCUUCUUGUUCAUUAGUGUUGAAGUUUAUUUUAUUUUCCUACAUGCAUCAGUUGAGUUCUUCCAUUUCAGACUAAUCACUUCCUAAGGAUGAUGUCAUGGGUUGGCACAGUUUGCAACGGAUUCCCUUUUUCUGCACUUCCAACUGUACAGUUUAAUUUAUGUUUUCAAUUGGCAAAGAGAAUGAUUGAUUGCUGGCUGUUCUUAGUCUUGGACGUUUUCCUCAGGAUGCUCUUCACUUGCAUGAGAUAAUUAAACGUGAAACAAACUGG